CAACGGAUUGACGAAAAUGGAAUCACGCCCUCGAAUAUUCAACCCCGUACCUUCUUCUUUCUCUCUCUAAACAAGGAUACACCGCACAUCCAAGAUUCGUUUCUGUAUGCGACGCCCCGACUUCGAUCUCAUGCCUUCGUAACCAAGCCAUGCUUUUGCUUUUCUCCUCUCCCCUCUCCUUCUCUCUGACUACAACCAUAGUUUCUGAGGCCAAUCCCUUGUUAUUUAUCUUAUUCUUUUACAGGUCUCACCAGUAUUUCCCCUCUCUCUCUCUCUGAGUACAAGCUAGCUAGCUAGCUUUACUGUGUGUGUGUAUAUUACACAAGUAGUUUUUUUUUUUUUUGCUUGGUUGUCAAGUUUAUUCCAUCUUGUGAUUCUACUUAGAUCCCAUAUUCUUCUUGUUUUUUCGGAUCUAUCUAUGCUUUCUAACAGAUCGACCCACCUGUGCUUCUACUUAUAAUCUAUCUUCGCUUCUUCUGCUACCAUCACCACCAAGAAUAAUAUCAAGAAGUCAAAAAGGAACUACCUCUUCUCGAGACUGGAGAGUUAGUUAUUUGAACAAAAAAGAAUGGAUUUUGCUGAGAAAAUACAAAGGUGUGGUGAAUAUGUAGAAGCUUUAGAAGAAGAAAGACGCAAGAUUCAAGUCUUUGAACGCGAGCUUCCUUUGUGUUUAGAGCUUGUUACUCAAGCGAUUGAGGCAUGUAAGAGGGAGUUAUCAGGGACAACUACGGAGUAUAACAUGCAUGGACAAUCAGAAUGCUCUGAGCAGACAUCAAGUGAAGGGCCGGUUUUAGAGGAAUUUAUUCCUAUCAAGAGAACUCACUCUUAUGAUGAAAAUGAUAAUGAAAAUGACGAUCAUCAAGAGCAGCAAUCACAUGAUAAUAGUAAGAGAAACAAGACUAGCAUCAGCAGCGGUAACAAUGAUCACAAGAAGAAAUCUGAUUGGCUUAGAUCUGUCCAGUUGUGGAAUCACUCCCCGGAUCUACCACAAAAACAGGAUCUGCCAAGAAAGGCAGCGGUGACAGAAGUGAAAAGAAAUGGGGCUGGAGGUGCAUUUCAGCCCUUCCACAGGGAGAAAAGUAUAGGGAAGACUAGUAAUCAGGCAAUUGCCAAGGCACCAACUUCAGUGCCCGCUUCCACAACAAGUUCAACAGCGGUUGUUGCGACAGGAGGGAUUGGUGGUGGAAGCAAUAAAAAGGAAGACAUAGAUGGGGGAAAUCAAAGAAAGCAAAGAAGGUGUUGGUCACCUGAGCUGCAUAGAAGGUUCUUACAUGCUCUUCGACAGCUUGGUGGUUCACAUGCUGCAACACCAAAGCAAAUUAGGGAGCUAAUGAAGGUGGAUGGACUUACUAAUGAUGAAGUCAAGAGUCAUUUACAGAAAUACCGUCUGCAUACAAGAAGACCAAGCCCUACUAUCCACAAUAACAGCAAUCAACAGGCACCACAAUUUGUAGUUGUUGGUGGUAUCUGGGUUCCACCACCCGAAUAUGCAGCAGUGGCUGCCACAACCGCCUCAGCGGAAACUUCCCCUAUUUCCGCUGCCAACGGAAUCUAUGCACCAAUAGCUGCAGCACCACCCACAGUCCCUCAAAAGCCACACCAUGUACAAUAUGAGCCCUUGCAAUCAGAAGGAGGGGGCAGUCAUAGUGAAGGGGGUGCUCAUUCUAAUAAUUCCCCUGCUACAUCUUCCUCCACACAUACUACAACAACGUAACAUCCCCAGUGUUUUGACUGCCAUUGCAUAAGAGUGGUUUAGAAUUUUUGUAACCAACACUAUAGAUCAAAGGCUAUAUGUAAUGAGAUAGACAUCAUUCUGAA